GCGCUGCGGGCGGGGCGGGCACAAGAUGGCGGCGGUGCGGGCCGUGUGUGUGAUGCGCGGCGAGGGGGCUGUGGAGGGCGUCAUCCACUUCGAGCAGCAGGGUUCGGGACCCGUGAAAGUGACUGGGAAAAUCACUGGACUGGCCGAUGGAGAGCACGGCUUCCACGUCCAUGAGUUCGGGGACAACACCAAUGGGUGCACCAGUGCUGGCCCCCACUUCAACCCGGAGCAGAAGAAGCACGGGGGUCCCAGCGAUGCUGAGAGGCACGUGGGAGACCUGGGCAAUGUGACUGCCAAGGGAGGCGUGGCCGAGGUGUGCAUCCAGGAUUCCGUCAUCUCCCUCUCGGGCCCACACUGCAUCAUCGGCCGCACCAUGGUGGUGCACGAGCGGCGGGAUGACCUGGGCAAAGGGGGCAACGACGAGAGCCUGCUGACCGGGAACGCGGGGCCCCGCCUGGCCUGCGGGGUGAUCGGGAUCGCCAAGUGCUAAACGCUGCCUGCAGUGCUCCUCCUGCUGCUCCUGCCCCUCCUGCAACCUCAGAUGUGUCAUCCACGUCCUGCUCCUCUGCAUCCCGAGCAGCACUCGCACGCCGGAGACCGAGCGACUUUUGUAUGAUGUACAUUCAAUUAAAGUGUCCCUGAUGGAA